AUGGAUGAAUAUAUAUUAUUAAUAUUUUUCUUAGGAUGUUUAAUAUUAUCAGCUAUAACAGGAUUCAGAUUAUUAAUAAUAUGUGGACACAAAAAUGAUAAUAAAAUUUUUGUAUAUAAAAUUAUAAAAUUUAUUAUUAUUAUUGGAUAUAUGAUAUGUUGGAUAUUAGUGUUGUUAUUUCCAAUUGACAUUUAUUUUAAUUUGUCUACUACUGUUAAGAAAUAUUUAAAUAUAUUUAUCGUGUACAGAAUAUUAUAUUUGAUAUGCUUGUCAUAUAUUUUUAUAUUAACUCCUAUAUUAACUAUAAUAUAUUUAAAGGUUGAUAAUACAUUUCAAAUAUGUGAUCAGAAUAAUUUAAUUAAUAUUGAAAAUGAAGAAAUAUUUAAAAAAAAAACGAUAGAAGGGAAUUAUAAAAUGAAGGAGAAUUUAAAACCUAUAAUACAAAAAUGGUGUAAAAUAUUUUUUAUAAAAAUAGUUCCAAUUACUUUUUUUUUUAUUUGUUUAGCUUUUUUUUUAUUUUUCUUAACAUAUUUACCAUUUAAGGAAAUAAAAAUCAAACUAAAUGCAAAUGAUUGUAAAUUGUGGUACAAAUAUAUAUUAGACACAAAUAAAAAAGACUUUCUAAAAUAUAACAUAAAAAAAAUAGAAGAAUGUCAAAAUAUACCAACAAAUAUGAAUAUUAAAAUGGAUAUAAAUUUAAAUUUUAAUGAUCAUAUAAUAUUAUCUACAUUUUUAUUUGGUUUUAUUCUUUUUUCUUUUUAUGUUGGAAUUGGAAUGUUUACAUUUCCUUUUAAUUUAAUAUAUUCAUAUGCAAAUAAAAAAAGAAAAAUAAAAGACAACCAAUUAAAGGAUGAAUUAGCAAUAAUAAAUGUAAAAGCCAAAAAGUUAAUACAAAUUACAGAAAUGCUUGAAAAAAAUAAAACACAAAUAAAAAAAAUGAAUAUUUAUAAAUCUUUCUAUUAUCAUAUAAAAUAUAUAAGACAAAGAAGAAUACUCAAUUAUAUAGUACAUAGCCUCGAAAAAGAUUAUCAAAAUUUGUUAGAUUUGUAUAAUAAUCCUAUUAAUCAAAUGUAUGCUUUGGGAUAUCUUUUAUCUGGCCUCGCUUUUUUAUUAUUAACAAUAUCUAUAAUUAUACAUUUAAUUUUUUAUAAUAUUUUUAACGACAUAAUUAAAUAUAACUUCCUUCUCUCUAAAUACCUUUUCUGGGAUUCCUUGCUUCAGUAUAUGGUAAUCAGUGAUUAUAUCGUUUGCUCGAUAAUUCUAUACACACUAAUUGUAUCAUACCUACUUAUAUGUGCUUUGUCCGGAUAUAUAUAUUUUAGCACAAAGCUUAAACUUGGCUUUGCUUUCAUGGUUGAAAAAAAAAAUACAUAUAUAAACUUUUUACUUUUGCACAUUUGCCUUUUUAUGGUGCUUUCAAGUGGGGCAGUCGUAUUUUCGGCCAAGCUGUUUCGUACGUAUUUUGGACACACAUACGCGCUAAUAUUAUUUGAUUUAUAUUUAAAAAAUCUUGGAUUUAUUGGUGAAUUAUACAAACGAGAAAUUCUGACAUAUUUAACCUUAAUAAUGAAUUUAUUAACCGUUUCUUUAUAUUUUAUACCAAAAAAAUGGAACUUUUUGACAUUUUCAACUUUUUUUAAACCUUGGGAAUUGAGUCAAAUACAAUAUGAAGAAGAAGAUUUAGAAAAUAACAAUCUAAGAAAAUCAUAA